AUGGCGCGCGGCGCUCGCUUGCUCCUUGUUCUCGCGCUGCUCGCCGCGCUACUCGCCGUCGUCCUCCAGCUCUACCGCCUCAGGAAACCGGGAUGCAUCACGGGCAUUUGUUUCUGGAAAUUUUACAGAUUUGCUGGUAAACUUAUUGGACGUUACUACGACAGUCAAGGAAAUCCUACAAAAUAUCUGAAGGGUGUAGAAAUGAAGGCAAAGAGAGGUGCACAGCUUCUUGAAAAGCAGAAGAGCGAUGAAGCUAAAAUACCUGGCUGCAAUUCAAAAUGGAGCCAGCAAGAAGGCGGAGAAGUUUGGUGCGACACGGGCUAUCCAAGAUUGGUGAGGAGGCCAGGCGACAUAGCUCUGACCGGACAAGUUAGCCAAAGAAACGCAGAACGGUGA